AUGGCUAGCCCUAUGGACGCCAUCACGACAGGCUGUCUUCGCCGCGUCUUCGCUGGCGAGCAGAUCAUCGACCCCAUUGUCCAAUGUGUUCAGAUCAAGCCUAUGAACAACUCAGCGACCGGCGUUGAGAGAUUCCGCGUUGUCUUCAACGACACUGUCAACUUCAUUCAGAGCAUGCUUGCUCAACAGACCAACCACAUUGUACACGAUGGCAAGCUGAAGAAGGGCUCGCUUGUCAAGCUCAAGUCGUUCCAAGCCAACUCAUACGGUGAAUGCGAGAAGCUUGGCCAGCCCGGCCCACUCGAAGUAGUCAAGUCCGAAUCCGAACCUGCCGCCGCUCCAGCCCCAGCCGCAGCUCCUCAAGCACAGCCUGGUGGCAUCUCCGGCAACUCGUUCUACGGAAACAAGCCCCAACAGCAACCACAACAGUCUGCUCCGCAAAGACAGCUGCCCACACGCUCCAGCGGCCAGAAUACUCCUCAUGGAGGCAACAUCUACCCCAUCGAAGCCCUCUCACCAUAUCAGCCCAGAUGGACCAUCAAAGCUAGAUGUUCGCACAAGGGUGAAAUCAAGACAUGGCACAACAAGAACGGCGAGGGCAAGCUCUUCAGCUGCAACUUCCUCGACGAGAGUGGCGAGAUCAGAGCGACUGGCUUCAAAGAGGCCGUAGAUCAGUGGUACGAUGUUUUGCAAGAAGGCUCAGUCUAUUACGUAUCUUCUUGCAAGGUCCAGCUGGCCAAGAAGCAAUUCUCUAACGUUAACCACGAUUACGAGCUCACAUUCGAGAGAGACACCAACAUUGAGAAGGCAGAGGACAACGAGGGCGUUCCUCAGAUCACCUACAACUUCACUACCCUCGCCGAUCUUCAAAGCGUCGAGAAGGACACAACCAUCGAUACUAUCGGUGUGCUCAAGGAAGUCGGCGAUGUUAACGAGAUCGUUUCCAAGACUACCUCCAAGCCAUUCAGCAAACGAGAGUUGACCCUGGUCGACAACACAGGCUACAACGUCCGCCUGACCAUCUGGGGCAACACUGCACUCAACUUCGACGUGCCUACCGAAACUGUGAUCGCAUUCAAGGGUGUCAAGGUCAGCGACUUUGGUGGUCGCAGUCUCUCACUUCUGUCAUCGGGCACAAUGAAUGUCAACCCGGAUAUUGACGAGGGACACAAGCUCAAGGGCUGGUACGACGCUCAAGGUCGCAACGACACAUUCUCAUCACACGCCAAUAGCAUGGCUACAACAUCGACGAGUGGACGUAACGACCAGAUGAAGACCAUCGCCCAAGUGCGGGACGAGAACUUGGGUAUGGGUGAGUCAACAGACUAUUUCUCCCUGAAGGCUACCAUCGUGUUCGUCAAGUCAGACACCACCUUCGCCUACCCUGCUUGCUUGUCAGAAGGAUGUAACAAGAAAGUGGUCGAGGUUGCGGAAGGAGAAUGGCGCUGUGAGCGAUGCGACAAGGGCUGGCCCAACCCUGAAUGGAGAUACAUCAUGAGCAUCAACGUCAGUGAUCACACAGGACAGAUGUGGCUCAGCUUGUUCGACGAUGUGGGUAGAAUGAUCAUGGGCAGACCUGCCAACGACAUCAUGAAGAUGAGAGACGAGAUGAGCAACGGCGAGAAGGAAGUGUUCGCCAACGCUGUCUGCCAGACUUACGUCUUCAGAUGCAGAGCCAAGAUGGACACAUUCCAAGACCAGCAGAGGUAA